AUUUUGCCAGCAAUAAACCACGGCAGAGAUCUGCUUGAUCUGUUCUGGCAAGAAUGUUCUCGCUUGGCGGCUUCCCCGUUCACAAAACUCUCGUCUUUCUCUUUUCUCCACGUUGCAGCUCAUAUCAUCUCUCCCUCCUCCUUUCCUUUUCCCGCUCCACACGGAGGAAUCUCGGUUCCCUUUUUGAGCAAUUCCAGUCAGUCAUGGCAGCAAAAAAUGUUUUUUUUUAAUUAUUUUAUUUUAUUUUGUGGCCGCUUCUUCUCGAUUUUAUCGCCUAGGGUUACUCAGAUUGAAGAGUUCUUGCCUGGAUUACUUAAUUCUUAAAUCGUUCAUUUGAGCUGCUGAUGGCUGUGCUACUUAUAGCCGUUCUACUAGCACUGCAUGCUACAGUUUGUAUGUAUUCUUUGAUUUGAUAAUUCAAAAAAAAAAUCAAUUUUUGUAGGCAUUUAUUGUCGACGGAUUGUUCGAUUCCUCAAAUCGUAGCUCAAAAUCUUUCAUUUUUUUAGGGUUCAUCUGUUCGUUGAUUUCAUUGAGGGAUUCUCUAAAAUUAAGUGAUUUAGGGUUGAUUUACUUUCAUAGUUAUCAAUUGCGAGCUAGCAGCGAAGGAAAUUUCAGAAAUUGACAGCUUUUCUUACUUCAUUUCUGUCUUUUUGUUUGAUUGAAAUCGAUUUUGUUGGAGCUCUUUUGCUUGGUUUAUAGCCAUUGAAGAUGAAUUCAACUAGAGAGGAGAAAGCUGGGUUGAUGGGAACUGAAAUUGAGGUGAAGGAGGGGGGGUUGCGGUCUAAAUUAAGAGCCCUAGGUAGCAUUGGGAGGAAAGAUAUGUUUUUUAGGGCAGAUAAGAUUGAUCUUAAAAGCUUGGAUAUUCAGCUGGCAAAGCAGCUGAACAAUGCUUGGUGCAAUAAUAAGGUUGGUUUUCCGGGGAAUGAUUGGGAGAUUGAUCUGUCUAAGCUUGAGUUAAAGUAUGAACUUGCAAGAGGGACUUAUGGUAUAGUUUACAAAGGAGUUUACGAUGGCCGCGACGUCGCAGUGAAGCUUAUGGACUGGGGAGAAGAUGGAUUUGCUAGAGAUGCUGAAACUGUUGCUCUCCGGGAAUCAUUCCAGAAGGAGGUUGCAGUGUGGCACAAACUUGACCAUCCAAAUGUAACCAAGUUUAUCGGGGCAUCAAUGGGAACAAACGAGCUCAAAAUUCCACAGAAGAAUCCUGCAAGCCACAAACCUCUUCCAGCUCGAUCAUGCUGUGUUGUUGUCGAGUAUCUUCCCGGCGGGACACUGAAGCAGUUCCUAAUAAGAAACAGCAGGAAGAAGCUUGCUUACAAUACUGUGAUCAAAUUGGCAUUAGAUCUAUCAAGGGGAUUGAGUUAUUUGCAUUCACACAAGAUUGUUCAUCGUGAUGUCAAAACUGAAAAUAUGUUGCUCGAUAGAAACGUAAACCUUAAAAUUGCUGAUUUUGGUGUUGCUCGUGUUGAGGCACAAAACCCCAAGGAUAUGACUGGUGAAACUGGUACCCUUGGUUAUAUGGCUCCAGAGGUCCUUGAUGGUAAGCCUUACAACAGGAAAUGUGAUGUAUAUAGCUUCGGCAUAUGCUUAUGGGAGAUAUAUUGCUGUGACAUGCCAUACUGGAACCUUAGCUUUUCUGAAAUCUCCUUUGCUGUUGUUCGACAGAAUAUGAGGCCACAGAUCCCCAGAUGUUGCCCCAGCGCGCUGGCAAACAUAAUGAAAAAAUGCUGGGAUCCAUGUCCUGAUAAGAGGCCUGAGAUGGAUGAGGUUGUGGGGCUUCUGGAGGCAAUUAAUACAAGCAAAGGGGGUGGUAUGAUUCCUGAUGACAAAGUUGUCCGUUGCUUCUGCUUCAAAUCCUCCAGCCGGAGACCAUAACUUUCUUCAGCCUCUAUCUUCCAUUAUUGUAAUUUUGUGCUCUUUUUUGUUGCUGUAAAUGUGGUUUUGGACAUGAGCUUGAAAUCUUAACCCUUUUUCUUUUACACAUA